GUGAGGUAAGACGUGAGAUUAGACGUGUGGUAAGACGUUCUGCGUUUAGAACUGCUCUUCCAUCCAGCUUCCUCACAAGCGCACGACGACAGCAGAGACCAGCCAGUCUGAGACGACGGACCUAGAGUCGUCACUCUGAAGCUGUAGGUGUUACGGGUUCGUAGGGUUAGUGUGUCGGUGCAGUCAGGGAGCCCUGGAAGGAGAGCCAACAUGGCGGAGGACAUCUACGCUACACCAGACAUGACCCAGAAGGUGAUGUCAGACAGGGGGGAGAUGGAGGAGAGGAUGGUGGACAUCUACGUUAGUGCUGACACCCUCAGAGGUCACGACCCCUGCUCAGAGGCUAAGGACCCUAUACCAGAGAACACAGCAGGAGAUCUGCACUCAGGUGCUGGGGGUCCAGAGAGGAGUCUCUCCAGAGCUGCAGCAGUGUGUCUGGGGCUGCUGUGUGCUCUCCUACUGGCUGGGGUCGCAGCACUGGGAGUCAUCUAUCUAAUCAAAGUGACUGUGGAGAGACAACAGCUCCAGACCAAGUAUGAUAUCCUGACCAGAGAGAGAGACCAGCUGAACACCAGUAACAUCAACCUGACCAGAGAGAGAGACCAGCUGAACACCAGUUACAUCAACCUGACCAGAGAGAGAGACCAGCUAAACACCAGUUACAUCAACCUCACCAGAGAGAGAGAUGACCUUAAGAGGAAGCUAUGCAGAUGUUGUCAUACAGAGUGUCAAGAUGGAUGGAGCAGGUUUGGCUGCAGCUGUUACUACGUCUCUGCUGAGAAGAAAAACUGGUCUGACAGCAGACAGGACUGUAGAGACAGAGGAGCAGACCUGGUGAUCAUAAACAGCCCAGAGGAACAGGAAUUCCUCAAUAACCUCACCAAGACAGUGUGGAUCGGUCUGAAUGACACAGUAACAGAAAGGAACUUUAUCUGGGUGGACGGAACUCCACUGACCACACCCACGUACUGGUACGGCUCUCAGCCUGAUAAUUACCUUCACCAACCAGGCAGUGUUGAUGAGGACUGUGCUGAGAUAUACUACUCACCUUCUCAAGUUCCUCCUCCUAAAACAUGGAAUGAUAACAGAUGUGAUUCUAAUAAUUUCUGGGUCUGUGAGAGAAGGAUCUAACAACUGUGGGUUUUCUAUGCAUUACAUUUUCCAGCUACAUUAUUGUCAUGUCAAUAACACCUGUCAUAGCUGCAUGAAUGAAAGGAUUAUGAUAAUGAGCUUUCCCUUCCUAUUGCUAACAUGAAGUACAUGAAGUAAGAAUGAGUUACAUAGGCUCAAACUAUUUCUAGCUUCUGAGAAUUUUGUUAUUCUGUUUAUUUGUAUUUACCACUCAGCUUGGUUUUCCUACUUAGAAAAUACGUUAUUCCUGAAAUAAAACAGUCCUUUG